ACCACGCUGCACGUGUGUUUGUUUACAAAAAUGUCACGCAAAACAUGGAAAUCCUUGGACAAGCCGCCGCUUUCACAGCCCGUCCUCGAGGUGCUGCAGGGGUUUGGCUUUGAUCUAAUGACACCUGUGCAAACGGCAUCGAUUCCAUUGCUGUUGGCACGCAAGGAUGUCUCCGCCGAAGCUGUUACGGGCAGUGGCAAAACGCUGGCGUUCCUCGUGCCUAUGCUAGAGAUUCUGCAGCGUCGCCACAAUGAGACGCCCUGGACAGCAAAGGAGAUUGGUGCACUGAUCAUAUCGCCCACACGUGAGUUGGCGCGACAGAUAUCCGAGGUGCUUGCCCAGUUCCUGGCACACGAACAACUGGAGCACCUGAAUCAACAGCUCAUCGUCGGCGGCAAUAGCAUUGAGGAGGACAUCGCCGCUCUGAAGCAGCAAUCACCAUGUAUACUGGUGUGCACGCCUGGACGUCUAGAGGAUCUGUUUCAGCGCAAAGGCGACGACCUCAAUUUGGCUUCGCGUGUGAAGAGCUUGGAAUUCCUGGUCCUCGACGAGGCGGAUCGCCUGCUCGACUUGGGCUUUAAGACGAGUGUCAACAACAUCUUAGGCUAUCUGCCUCGCCAGCGACGCACUGGUCUCUUCUCAGCCACACAGACCACCGAGGUAACUGACCUGAUACGUGCCGGCCUUCGCAAUCCUGUGCUGGUCUCCGUCAAGGAGAAGGCUUCCGUUAAUACCCCAGCGCGUCUACAGAAUUUUUACAGGAUUGUGGAGCCGGAACAAAAGUUUCUCUCGCUGCUGCAGUUCCUACGCUCGCCCACCUCCAAGACCGGCAAAGUUAUGGUCUUCUUUCCCACCUGCGCUUGCGUCGAGUACUGGGCAGAGAUGCUGCCGUCGUUUCUGCCCGAUCGCCAGGUCCUGGGCAUCCACGGCAAGAUGAAGAACAAGCGGGCCAAUGUAGUGGAGCGUUUCCGCACCGAGGCAAACUCGGUGUUGCUGUGCACGGAUGUUUUGGCGCGUGGUCUGGAUGUGCCCGAAAUCGAGUGGGUGGUGCAAUGGGAUCCUCCGUCCAAUGCUUCGAGUUUCGUGCAUCGUGUGGGACGCACCGCUCGGCAAGGCAACGAGGGAAACGCUUUGGUAUUCCUGCUGCCAACCGAGGAUGCAUAUAUCCAGUUCCUAAAGCUCAAUCAGAAAGUUGACUUGAGCGAACUGCAAGAAGAAUGCAUUGAAACAGACGAGGCUGAGCUGAGGUCAACGGUGGAGAAACUGCAUCAGCUGCAGGCCGCUGAUAAAGGUGCCUACGACAAAGGCAUGCGAGCCUUUGUAUCCCAUGUGCGAGCCUACACCAAGCACGAGUGCAGCGCUAUAUUGCGGCUGAAGGAUCUGGAUCUGGGCAAAAUGGCAACGGCGUAUGGACUGCUGCAGCUGCCGCGCAUGCCAGAGCUGAAGAACUACCAGGGCAAUGGAUACAUUGCGCCCAGCUUCGAAGUGGAUCUCACCAAGCUGACCUACAAGAAUGCGCAGAAGGAGCAGGUGCGCAAGCAGAAGCUGCAGACGUUCGAGCAGACGGGCACUUGGCCAGGACGCCAGAAGCAACACAUGAAACGAACCGAAUCCUGGGAUCAGACAAAAAAGGCCAAGCUGGAUGCCAAGUCGAAGAAGGAGUUGAGAAAGGCGAAGAAGCAGCGCAAGCGCGAAGCGGCAGCAGCCGAGGGUGGGGCGCAGCGCAAACGCAAGCAGCAAUACACACAGGAGGACCUGGAAGAACUGGCCAGCGAUAUUCGUCUAUAUAAGCGGCUCAAAAAGAAGAAAAUCACCGACGAGGACUAUGACAAGGCCAUGGGCAUUGAUGGUGUUGACGACUAGGAAGAUGUGUAGUUU